AUGUUUUUACAUAAAUUUGUACUAUAUAAUUUGUUGAUUCUAUGCGUAAGGACUGUUAAAAUCGUGAAUAAACCAAAUUUGUACAAUAGCUCAAAUAAGUUCACAAUUCAUCGAAAUAAAAUUAAAAAUGACAUUUUUUUCAUCAACCAUUCUUGCAAAAAUGCUGUAAACGGAUUUUAUGAUAAAAUUGAUAACAAUUUGAUCACACAUGAAAAUGUGUUAGAAGAUUCCACCGAGAUUCCAUAUAAUAACUCACCACUUAACUUUGUAUUUUAUAGCACAAAUGAUUCAAAUGGUUUAAAUUACGCGGAUCAGAAUAUUUCGGAUAAAAAGUACAAUAUCUCCACCGGUGUCGCUGAUAUUCCAGUGGAAUAUGAGCAAUCUGGUUCGGUUAGUAACAAUACUGGCAACUCACAGUUGUAUAAAGCGAUUGGUACUAAACAGUUGAAUAACACCUAUAAUAAUGGUGAUACUAAUUUCUUACUUAAGGAUGUUGAGAGCAAACUAUAUACGUGUGCUUUUGAUGGUCACGAGUCUUUGAGUAAUGUUCUUGAAACUUUAUCUGGUCCUUUGGAAACUGUUUGUACUCAUAUUCACAAUGAGCAUAAACAGCGCUUUCCCUGUAAGAUCAACGAUAAUUUUGAGUUUUCAGCCUUUAGAUCAAUCAGAGCAUUAAUUUAUUUGGUAGGAUCAAGGCUACUUAAUAUAGCAAAAAUUGCUAGAAAACACUCUAAUCUGCAGUGUGAGAGUGACGAAUUGGAUGCGGAAAAUGAAAAGUGUGAAGAGACUAUUAGGUCCUUUGUUAGCACUAACGUUGAGCAGUGGGAGAAGUUAUUGACUAACACUAAGGAUUUUGGAAUGGAUUCGAUUAAAUACCCUCGAUUCACCAGCUCUGAAGAGUCGUUGGAAUACAUUAAAGGCGUUUGGAAGUACUUUAACAUUAAAAUUUUCAACAAUUUAUUACCAAGUUGUGACUUGAAAUUUUCUUUUUACAAAUCACAAAAUUUGCUAAACAACGCAAUAGUUAGAACAAGAGAACUAUUCAUCAUUAAUAGAACAAACCUACUGGAGUUUCCGGAGAUUUUAUACCCCAAUGAACUAAAUUCUUUGCCCAGUUCUCUGGGAAAUUGUGUAUUUCGAUCAAUGGUUAAGCUGUUUUUGGACAUUUAUUCACCAUUCGACUUAGUUGACACUGUUACCACAGUAUUAAACGGAUUCAGAUUUGUUGAAAGUGGUACCGGUCAAAGUGAUCUCAAUUUCACAGUAAUUCAGUCUCCAUUGGACAAAUUAGUAGAGUAUAAUCCAGAUUUAAUGGCCCAAAUUAAUUCAGACCACUUCAUUUUAGAGGAAGAAUCGGAUUUAAAUGAUCCAAAAUCAAUUUCCUCAAGCAUUGAUCUUAGUCCUUUCCUCCCAAACUCCUUCUUACCCAUAACAAAUACCAAAAUUAACUAUGUAGAAAAUGAUAAUGUAAAUGGUGUUUCUGAGGUAGUAGCAAAUGAAUUUUACAAAUUGUUUGACCAGUCAUUCAAAAAAAGACAAGGAAUUGAUAAUUUCUGGUUUAGGGGCGAUGAUGUAGUUGUGCCUGUGCGUGAUAUAAAAAGAGCAUUGUUAAUGGGUGGGUUCGAGCAAUUUACAGGACUUUUCACUCCAGUUAUGAACAAACUAAUGGAAUUAAAGCCAGUGGAAUUGAAUUUUAUACAAAAUCGGAUUAUUACAGUUUGUGUUGAUUUUCUCAACUCGCUAGUUUCACUGCAAAACUAUUCCCUUAACUACUCGUUGACCAGGAACCCCAGUGUAAAUGACAUCAUUGAGAGAGCUAACUUGGAAGUUGUUCAAUGCAUUCUAUUUGUGAUGGGAUUGCACCAGAAAUGUACCACUAAUCUUAACUUAUAUCCCCUCGCCAAUGAUUUCAUACGCACAAGUUUCCUCACACAGUUAUUAAGCAAUGAUGAAAUCACUGUCAAUAAGGAUAAUAAUGAUAAUACCGAGUAUAAAAAUAAUACUAUAAACACUAUCGAUAAUAUAGUCGGUAAUGGUAGUAAUAGUGGUUCUGAUAAUUUGGGACUGGUGUAUAAAAAGUACUUGGGGCAGAAUGAGGAGUUUGUGUCUUUUAUAAAUGAGUAUUUGGAUGAUUCAGUUCCUUCUGACGAUCCUGAUGCCCUGAAAUUUCUUGUGAACUAUUACAAUUUCAACCUCUUCUCAGGUCGACUUCCCAUAAAUAUUGGUAUAAAGUUUGUUAGUUCGGAUUAUUUAUCAUCUAAUGACGCAUGUGGAAUCCUUAGAACGCCCACAAUUUACAUAAACGAUCUCGUAAAAAGAGAUAAAAUAAUAGUUUCGAGAGUAAUUCUGGAUGAAAUGCUGAGAAUAUUUUUGAAAUACUGUAGCAAACUGACCUUUAAUGAGGGAAGUACCGGUCUCGAGGACAUGUUGGAGUCUAAUCUGGAAAAUCGAAUGAAACAACACUUUCUUAUCUCAACCAACGAUUCAUUUCCAUUCCAACUCUUAGACCUUUCAGAAUCAGUUAGCCCAAUCAAUGACAAAAACAACUUUGUAGAAAAUGACAAUGUAAGUGGUGUUUCGCGCGGUGAAUUAAACAGGGUUGGCCCUGAUGGACUAAUGGGAAAAGGUUAUAAGAUGUGUAAAAAUAGAUUAACUGAGGUAUUUAAGAGCAGCCUUGGCCCUGAUAACUUUGUAUAUCAACUUCACAAAUCAUUGGUGACUGAAGAUUUGGAUAAGAUUUGGCUUGAAAAAAGGCUACCAAUUUCUCGUUUUCUAUCAUCGCUUGUUACCGGCAACUUUCAUUUGUCACACAGUGUCAUAUCUAAUCCAGCUUCCAUAAAGGUUACCUCGAAACUUAAAUUGACCCAGUUAAAUCUGUUGGAAAACAAGUUUAAACACCACAUCACUGCCUAUCACCACUUGAUCAGAGAGUUAUCCAGGCACAACAACAUUACCUCUUUGAUUUGGGAAAGUUUGGUAAUAGUUGACUUGGCAUUCUCUGACCUAAGAGAAGAACUUAUCAAAAACAUAUUAAUAUACACCCAAGACUUAAUAGAGGCAAUUACCAACAUACUAAAUACCUUCACCAACACCACUAAAAUACACGAUCUUCUAGAUUAUAAUAUUAAAAUACGUAAUAACAUUGUUACUGACAAUGCUAUGGAUAAUACUGUUAAUAAUAUCAGCAAAGUUGAUAAUACCGAUAGUAAUUACAGCAUUACCAAUACUUCUUGUGGCACAGUUGAUAGUAGCUCCGUAGAAAAUAAAGGUAAUGUUAGUAUGAGAAAGGAGACCGGAAAUGAUUUAUUUGAUCUUAUAAAUCAGGAGAGAUUGACCAGAGAUGAACUUCAAGGUGUUAUUCAACUACUUUAUGACAGGUACAAUAAAUAUAUAUUCGGAGGAGUGUUGCCAGAUGUUGAAAUUCAAUUUGUCCCCCUGGGUGAAUUAUCAGAAUUAUCUAUAGAUUUUACCACCUUUUCAGCCCCUAAAAUCCUCAUUAAUCAUCUUCUUACGGAAAUUAACCUAAUCAAUAGCCAGUUAGUGAUUCAAAUGUGUCAUUUGUCCUAUUACUACUACAGACACAAUGUUUCGGAGGAACUUGGUGAACUUGGCAUCCAUUAUACCUCAGUGUACAACCUCAUACACUCGAAUAACGAGAGAAUUAUUAAGAGUAAGUUAAUACCUUUUACCAUAGAGAAAAAACUGGCCAAAACAAAGGAAAAGAAAACCUUUAACCAAAACUAUAUAGACCUCAUCACCAAUACAAUUGGUAAAAAUAACAAUCCGAUGGAUAAAAAUACCAAUUAUUUAAACUGGUUGGUAGAAGACUUUGUGGUUGAAGUUAUUUUGAGCAGGAAAGAACUGAAACACGAUGAAAGGUAUACUAACUUUUACGAAGAUUAUCACACACUCAAAUCUUUUGCCACUCAUUACUUUAACUCAAAAUUAGGCUUAGAAAUAACUGACCCACUUGAACAAACUAAUUCACAGAGCACACAAAAUAAACAGAAUGCACAGGAUAAACAGGAUAUAUCUGUAGAAAAUGAUAAUGUAACUGUUUUCCCGGAGGGACCAAUAACAGAAGACUCGUCAUUAGAGAUCUUGGAUAUGAUGAAAAAUAAUUGGUUAAAGAAUAUGUUGGCCAAGUUUGAGAAAAAGUUACAUGAAAAGGGAAUUAAGCUCUUUUUAAACCUUGAAGAGUUUGACUGGAACUCCCUUCUGACCGAUGAACAACAAGAACGGGUAGUUAAUUACAUUGCAAAACAUCCCGAACAAAGCCUAUUUUCUAUAUUAACCAAAAGCAAUGCAUUAACACAACAACAAGUUAUUAAUAUUUUCACCAGAAAUACUGAUUAUCCCCCUCAAAACUCCACACGGAACUUUAUAGAUAAUUCUAAAGAUGAUUCUAUACAAAAUUCCGCCCAAAACUCCACACAAAACUCUAAAGAUGAUCGUCAAGAAAAUUCUGUAUCAUUGGGAGUGAAUUAUGUUAACACGGUGAAUAGUGAAGAAUUUAAUUUGGAUCCUGAGGUUCAAAAAACUAGUAUUGAUGUGGAGGAAUUGAUCAGUAAUAUACUGAUGGAUGUAGUGUACCAACUACCUGAUCAUGAACACGAAACGUUUUUGAACUUUUUUAACAAGUUGCUAGACCAGGAUUUCGUCUACUGCAGAAACAUUCUAAACUCUCACGAAACCCCUUCUCUUCUCCUUAAAAGGGCAUUUGAAGCUCUGGAAUCUAUACACCAUCAUCAGAUUGUCGAUGAAGACGUCCGUAACAACAUACUUAAUUUUUUACACAUGUAA